AUGGCGAUGGAUGGAAGGCUAUUCCGAGUUCCCCUCCAAGACCCAAAGCAUAUCCUUGAUAUCGGCACUGGCUCAGGGAUAUGGCCAAUAGAGAUGUCGGCCUUGUUUCCAAACACCGAAAUUAUAGGGACAGAUCUCUCCCCAGUACAGCCAACGGAAGUUCCGCCAAACGUCCAUUUCUUGAUUGAUGAUGCCACUGAAGAAGAGUGGCUAUGGAACAAGAACUACUUUGAUUUCAUUCAUACCGGCCACUUGUCCGGGGCCAUGCCGUCAUUCAAGCGUGUACUACGACAGGCAUUCAAACACCUCAAACCGGGAGCAUACAUGGAAUGUCACGAGCUCGACCCCAAACCAAAAUGUGAUGAUAAUACCAUGCCCCCCCGAGAAUCGAGACGGGGGAUACAACAAUUCCGAAUUGCCCACCGGCUUGCACAGUGGAUGAAAGACAUAGGAUUCGUUGACGUUGAACAACGACUCUCCAAAAUCCCCACAAAUACCUGGCCCGAGGACGAGAAGCUAAGGACCAUUGGUGCUUGGAGUGAGAACAAUUGGCUUGAUGCUUUGUCCGGGUGGUCAUAUAAACCCUUUCUUGCCCUUGGCUGGUCCAAACCAGAAAUUGAGGUCUUCCUCGUUGAUGUGAGGAAGAGCAUACAGGACCGAAGUGUCCAUGCUUACAUGGAAUUUUAUGUGGUGACAGGACGGAAACCCCUUUCCAGCGAAGCCAGAACAACCUCCUGA